UGCUCAGUCGGCUGUUGAUCGCGCACGAGAUCGGAUGAGCGUGCAGCGAACAACCGAGCAAAACUAUUUUUGUACUUUUACGUACUGCAAACUUCAAACUCAGACACUUCCAACCUAAGACUCUUCAAGACAGUUUUCAAUGGAAAGUGAAAGUUGUGUUUAAGUUGAAUAUAAAGUGCAAACGUAUACAUUUACAUGUUUAUCAUAAUAAAUUCAGUUCCUAGUAAUUUAUAAUUAUUAAAACUGUGAUUUGUGAUUAAAAUUCUGUGAAAUUUAUGAAAACAAAUUCAUCAAAAUGAAGUUUAAUAAAGAAGACACUUUUGAGUUGUUCUUUAGUGGGCUUUGCACCGAAACACCCAAAGGAAAACAAAUCUUGCGAAAUCUCAUCGGUAAAUUCAAUGGAGGGUCGUUGAUAGCAAUCAUGGGCACUUCCGGUGCCGGUAAGACGACGCUCUUGAAUACGCUCAGCGGGUAUCGGCCGCAAAACGCGUCAUUUCGGCAGUUGCAAGUGAAUGGCACCGACACGGACUUUGAGCACUUGGCGGGCAUCUCUUGCUACCUCACGCAGGACAUCCACCUGAAUGAUUUGUUGACUGUCGAGGAAAAUAUGCGUUUUGCUGCGGACUUUAAACUUGGUGUUACGCACUCGCAAAUUGAAAAAAAUGCUAUUAUUGCAGAAUUAUUAGAUUCUUUUGGGUUGUCUGCAACGGGGACUACAAGAGCUGGGAAAUUAUCCGGUGGAGAGCGGAAACGACUUGCGCUUGCACUGGAAAUGAUUAAUGAUCCAAAAGUCAUUUAUUUGGAUGAACCUACUACUGGUUUGGACAUUUCCGCAACACAUCUAAUCCUCGCAUACUUGAAGAAAAUCGCCGGAACUGGCAAGACUGUGAUAUGUACUAUUCAUCAAGUGUGUGCAAGUCAUUUUGACCUCUUUGAUCAUGUCUACGUAAUAGCUGAAGGAAAGUGUGCGUAUCAAGGUCCACCACAAGAAUUGGUUCCGUUUUUGGAUAAACAAGGAAUGCCCUGUAACAUUUAUCACAAUCCAGCUGAAUAUCUGAUUGAAUUAUGCUCUGGCGAUUUUGGAGAUGACAAAGCCACUGUUCUUAUAAAAGCAUCUCAAAAUGGCAACACUUUCAUUGAACAACACCCUAAAAUGGCAAGACAAGAUUCCUGCGACAUUAAUUGCUUCAAAACUGAAAACGCCACGUGGAGUUAUCAGUGGAAAACAUUAUUAAAACGAGAAUACACUAAACUAACAAGAAAUCUGAUAUUAGUUCCAAUGAGAAUAUUCGGUUCCAAUGUACUGGCGUUUUUCCUUGGCCUGUUAUUUUGGAACUUUGGUAACGAUGCCUCAAAAGUGAUAUUCAGUUAUCACUUUGUCCUGGGUGUCACUGCCAAUGUCCUACUUACCGGCUUCAUGUAUCCGAUAUUAUCUUUUCCGCUGGAAAUGGAACUCGUAAAACGGGAACAUUACAAUCGAUAUUAUAGCAUAUUACAAUAUUAUAUGACGGUAUUUAUAUUGGACCUACCAGUAUCGUUAGUGGCGAUUUCAUCAUCGUCCAUGUUGGCUUGGUACAUGUCAGGACAGCCAAUAGAAAGUGAAAGAAUCAUGGUUUUUCUUCUUUUUAUUGUAACAUUUGGAUGUGUCGUCAAUGCAGUUGGUUUCUUCUUUGGAACUUUGAAUUUAUCAAUUGGUGCUUCAUUAUUGGCAUGUACAGUCUCCCAACUCCCAAUGUUGGUUAUUAGUGGAUACGCCAUGUUCUUCCAAGACAUGCACUGGUUCUACGAACGCCUUGGAACAUUUGGUUAUGUACGUAAUGGCGUACAAGGAUGCGCAGUCGCCAUCUUUGGCCUCUCAACGCGUAAAUUAAUGUGUCCCGAAGAAGAAGAGUAUUGUUUCUACAAAGAACCGCAUCGAUUACUCAUCGACAUGGGAAUAGAUCCGUUCCAUUACGCAAAAUGUUUUUACAUGUUAGUUGUAUGGUUGGUUGCAGUAAGAGUCGCGACGUAUUUCACGAUGAAAUAUAGGUUAUCAAUUUGAUUGAGUUAAGUUUUUUAGAUUUAGAUUAGUGGAAUAGUGUUGAAGGUUUUUAAAGUAAAUUAUUCUAUUUGUAUAUUGAUAAUAAUUUGUUAAUAAGUCAUACUUAUGUUUAACCUCUCCGUCCAACACGCAUUUUUUGUUUUCAAAUAAUAAAUCACAAUUUGUUUAAUAA